CCCAACAAACCGUUACACCGCGCCCACCUGUCAAUCAGGCACCAUGAGGCUGCAGCUCUCCUGUAGUGACAGACGUGUUUCAUUCAGCUGCUUCACCUUCACCGUCCUCCUGCUGCUGCUGAUCUGCCACAUAGGUCAGAUUUUGGGUCAAAAGUCUGACUCGGCCGUAGCUGUGGUGGAAAAUACAGAUGGAGGUGGUGAUGAAGAGGAGGAGGUGACAGUUGAUGAAGAGGAGGGAGAAGGAGAUUUAGAAGUGGUCCAACCCACUGACGAGUGGCAAACACUCAAACAAGGUGCGGCAGUGCCAGCAGGUUCACAUGUGCGGCUGAACCUGCAGACGGGUCAGAGGGAGGUUAGACUGGGAGAGGAGCAACUGAAAUACUGGACACAGGAGGAGCACAGGGAGCAGGAGGAGCCCCGGUCCUCUCUCGGUCCUGACGAGCUCAAACAGGCCAUGAAGAAGAUAAAGGACGAGAUGAAGGCUUCGAGCAGAGACACAGAGCAGGAGGUAGCAGCCCCUCCCCCUUAAUCCUUUUCAUUCAUGCCCAUAGUCUGUCACGUCCACCUGUCAGUCCAAUCAGCCUUCAAUGUAUGCACUAACUGUAAGCUUCAUCAAAAAGGAAUAUUUUAGUAGUCUCACAUACUACUUAACACUCUUUGGGCCUGAUUUACUAAAGGUGUGUAUUAAAAUGUGUUCAAGCGUGAUACCACCCGCAAAAAAAAUCUAUCUGAUCUACUAACGGCAUGCAGUGAGGACUGCGUCUUUCAUAUGAGCAAAACACCACGCAUUGUCCAUUUAGUACUCUUGCAUUGAUAGCUUAGUAAAUCAGCUUAGGGUCAAUCCAUUCAUCAUGAAAUAUUAUCAUUCAUUUCUCACUAACCGCACCCAGCAAGUCAGAGUGAACAGACCUGUGUCAGAGCUCACAACCAUCAGCAGCGGUGCGCCCCAGGGGUGUGUUAGCUCACCAGUUCUGUCCACUCUCUACACAAAUCAGUGCACCAGCAACAGUGGAAAUGU